UGACAAAAGUUGAAAACAGUUGAAGCUCGCUCUCGCUAUAGUUAGCAUCGCAGUGGUCCUCGAGGCUGAUUCGAUACUCUUUUUUUUUCUGUAAUAUUACCGAUAACAUUUUUCGAAAAAAAAAAUUGGAAGAAAGUUUUUUCUGGAAGAGAAAAAUAAAAGGAUGAUUUUUUUCUGAACGGGGUUUCCGUGUUUUUUUUUGGAAAAAUUUAAUUGGACCAUGCAUCUCAUUGUUUACCUAAACAAUUUGAUGAGGGCAAGCUUUACGAUUUGAUCGAAAAUUUAAACUGAGAAAAAGGAUUUUUACAUUAAGGCUAUUAUUCAACGAUGCAUUUGGAGAUAUUACUGGUCUGUGUGGCUUGUGUUAUCGCAGGAAUAAAAGCGUCAGCAAUACAUGGUCCAUGCGAAACAGAUGAAGAUUGCGGUACAAUAGACACAGAAUGCAAUAAUAAUGUGUGUACGUGUAAACCAAAUUUUGCAGUAUGGUUUGAUUCCUGCGUUGCACUACCCCAGCCUAGGAUAACCUGUCACAAGAAACACGACUGUCACAGAUCCCUAGGAGUGAAAAGUAUGUGCACAAAAAAGAAUCAGUGUGCGUGUAAACCUUUCCACCACUUGCACCAAGGACAGUGCGUUAAAAACAGAGAUCUGCAUGACACAUGUGAUCACGAUCACCAAUGCUACUGUGGAGAAGACUGUCAAGAGAAAAUUGCUUGUAUUCACAAGAACUGUUCGUGUAAAGCUGGUCACAAACCCUACCGAAGUAGGCGAUGUAUUUCUGACACCCCAUUCGUCUUGAGAAUAGCAGAUCAAGUACAACUUGCACCUAUAAAAGCGACAGAAUCAUUCGUCAAAGAAUCCACAGUUGCCUCCAGCACGAAAACUCUAUUUUCUUCAGUUAUAUCUAUAGUAUUACCGAUUUUUUUGUUAAUAAAGUAAGAUAGAAUAUAGAAAACGAUAGAACUCGACUGUACUGAUUAUUAUUAGACUUCUAGAUUUUAAAAUUAGUUUUACUGUAAUUUUAGUUUUUAGUUCGUUUACUGUGUAAAUAUUGUAGUACUCUUUUUAUACAUAUUGUAUAUUUUAUACCAAAUAAACAUUUUUUACCUC